CAUUGUCACAGCCCUGUCUCACCACUCUUAAAAGGCUACUGCAGCCACUCCUCACAGUUGCUGGCCUGCCUUCCCACUUGCCUCUUUGCCUGCUUCUGGCAGCCUUGAAUGCCUGAUUCUUCAAGCUCCUUGCAGGUCUGACAAAGCAGGGACCAUGUCUACCUUUGGCUACAGAAGAGGACUUAGUAAAUAUGAAUCCAUUGAUGAGGACGAGCUCCUCGCCUCCCUGUCAGCUGAGGAGCUGAAGGAACUGGAGCGAGAGUUGGAAGACAUUGAACCUGAUCGCAACCUCCCCGUGGGGCUAAGGCAAAAGAGUCUGACGGAGAAAACCCCCACGGGGACAUUCAGCAGAGAGGCACUGAUGGCCUAUUGGGAAAAGGAGUCCCAAAAACUCUUGGAGAAGGAGAGGCUGGGGGAGUGUGGAAAGGUUGCAGAAGAAGAAAAAGAGGAGAGUGAGGAAGAGCUUAUCUUCACUGAAAGUAACAGUGAGGUUUCUGAGGAGGUGUAUACAGAAGAGGAGGAGGAGCAGCAGGAGUCCGAGGAGGAAGAGGAGGAAGAAGAUAGUGAUGAAGAGGAAAGAACAAUUGAAACCGCAAGAGGUAUUAAUGGAACUGUCAAUUAUGAUAGUAUCAAUUCUGACAGCUCUAAGCCAAAGACAUUUAAAAGUCAAAUAGAGAACAUAAAUUUGACCAACGACAGCAAUAGAAGGAACACAGAGCCGCCAGCUGCCAUUCACCCUUGUGGAAAUCCUACAGUUAUUGAGGAUGCUUUGGACAAGAUUAAAAACAAUGACCCUGACACCACAGAAGUCAAUCUGAACAACAUCGAGAACAUCACAACGCAGACCCUUACCCGCUUUGCCGAAGCCCUCAGGGACAACACGGUGGUGAAGACCUUCAGCCUGGCCAACACGCGCGCCGACGACAGCGCAGCCCUCGCCAUCGCGGACAUGCUCAGAGUCAAUGAGCACAUCACCAGCGUCAACGUGGAGUCCAACUUCAUCACGGGAAAGGGCAUCCUGGCCAUCAUGAGGGCUCUGCAGCACAACGCGGUGCUCACGGAGCUGCGCUUCCACAACCAGAGGCACAUCAUGGGCAGCCAGGUGGAGAUGGAGAUCGUCAAGCUGCUGAAGGAGAACACCACGCUGCUGAGGCUGGGCUACCACUUCGAGCUCCCAGGGCCACGAAUGAGCAUGACGAGCAUUCUGACAAGAAAUAUGGAUAAACAGAGGCAAAAGCGGAUGCAGGAGCAAAAGCAGCAAGAGGGAUGUGAUGGAGGAUCCAAUCUUAGGACCAAAGUCUGGCAAAGAGGAACGCCCGGCUCUUCCCCGUACGCAUCGCCCAGGCAGUCUCCGUGGUCAUCCCCCAAAGUGCCCAGGAAAGUGCAGACUGUGAGGAGCCGUCCUCUGUCUCCUGUGGCCACACCCCCGCCUCCGCCUCCGCCUCCUCCUCCUCCUCCUCCUCCCCAGAAUCUACCAGCACCUCCUCCUCCGCCGCCCCCUCCUCCUCCUCCACUCCCAGAGAAAAAGCUCAUCACCCGAAACAUUGCAGAAGUCAUCAAACAACAGGAGAGUGCCAAACGGGCGUUACAAAAUGGACAGAAAAAGAAAAAAGGGAAAAAGGUUAAGAAACAGCCAAACAGUGUCCUAAAGGAAAUAAAAAAUUCUCUGAGAUCAGUGCAAGAGAAGAAAACGGAAGACAGUUCCCGACCUUCUACCCCACAGAGAUCAGCGCAUGAGAAUCUCAUGGAGGCGAUUCGGGGGAGCAGCAUGAGACAGCUGAGGCGGGUGGAAGUUCCAGAAGCUCUGCGAUAAAAACACGAUCUUUAGAAGAGGAUGCAGAACUGUUCAGUGGUGUUAAAUAAAAUGGAUUGUGAGAUGUUUCUAAAAUAACUUCUUCAAUUUGAAAUGUUCCCUGACUUUAAAAAUAGCCUCACCUAUUCAUUUCAAAGAGAAUUUUAAGAAACAAUAGCAUGUUUCUUCUGUAAAUAUGAACAUAAACUUAUUUUUUAUGUUGUGAGAUUUGUAUUGGCAAGAAGCAGUUAAUUUAAAGAUGCUCUUCAUAUCUUUGGAUGUGUUGGUAACUCUGAGCUUUAAUGAGUUAAUGAAAUGUGCUGUUAUUUUUGUAAUUCCAAUAAAUAUGGAUUGAAGUUUUCCUUUUUUUUUAAAGCCAAACUAAUAAUUUUCUGUGAGUUGAUACAUCUUUCAGGUGUGUAUGUAAUGUUACUGAAUAUUAAAAAUAUUACAUUCUCACCCAAA